AUGAUUUACGUUGACGGAUCUUCCAAUGAGAGACGGUGCGGGGCAGGAAUCCUCUUGCUCGCACCAGGUGGCGAGCGGUUCGAGUGUGCUCUGCGGUUCAAUUUUCGGACUUCAAAUAAUGAGGCUGAGUAUGAAGCGCUUUUGACAGGCCUGCACGUUGCUAGGGGACUGAGGGCCAUCCACAUCAAGGUCUUCAGUGAUUCCCAGCUGGUCGUAAAUCAGAUUAAGGAGGAGUAUCAAACGAAAGACUCCCGGAUGAAAAAGUAUCUAAGCAAAGUUAGAUCGUACCUCGUCCAGUUCGAGACUUACGAGGUGAAUCAAGUUCCAAGAUCAGAAAAUUCCAACACAGAUGCUUUAGCCAAACUGGCAUCAGCCUAUGAGACUGACCUGGCCAGAUCGGUCCUUGUCGUGAUCCUGGAUAAUCCUUCAAUCUUGGAGCCAGAUUUGAUGGAGGUAGAAACUCCAGAACCCUCGUGGAUGGAUCCAAUCGUGGAAUUUAUCAAACGAAAUCCACCGCAAGACUCAAAGGCGCAUAAGAAGAUGUCACGAAAAGUAGCUCGGUUCAUACUCCGAGAUGGAGCGUUGUAUCGACGAGGAUUUUCCCUGCCUCUCCUUAAGUGUGUAACUCCAGAAGAUGGGAGUUACAUCAUCAAAGAAAUUCACGAAGGAGUAUGCGGCAACCAUUCAGGAGCCAGGUCACUAUCGGCCAAGGUGGUCCGACAAGGGUAUUAUUGGCCCAUCGUUGAUCAGGAUGCCAAGAAGUUUGUGAAAGCCUGCGAUAACUGGCAAACCAAGUUCGAUGUUGUCGCUGUAGAUUACUUCACCAAGUGGGCAGAGGUCGAGACGCUCUCUCACAUCACGGAGUCCAGAGUCACAUCUUUCAUAUUGACAAACAUUGUAUGCCGUUUCGAUAUACCGAACGCUAUUGUGACGGAUAAUGGAAARCUGUUCGACAAUGCAAAGUUCAAGGACUUUUGCAGGAAGCUGGGCAUAAGCCAUCUCAGUUCGUCCCCUGCGCAUCCGAAAGCAAUUGGGCAGGUUGAAGCGAUAAAUAAAAUAAUAAAACAAGGGCUCAAGAUGAGAUUGGACUCCAGGAAGAGGAGAUGGGCCGAGGAGCUACCCGAGGUAUUGUGGUCGUAUCGGACCACCCUAAGAGAAUCAACUAGCGAAACCCUAUUCUCACUGGCCUUUGGCUCUGAAGCUGUCGUCCCAGUCGAGAUCGGCGUGCCAACGAACAGGGUAGAGCAGAAGAUUCAGAGUCAUGUGGGCACCCUUGACCCAAGUUGGGAGGGACCAUUCGAAGUCAAAGGCAUAAUCCGAUUUGGAACGUACAUGCUAGCCGACCUGGAAGGAAACGUGCUUGCGCAUCCGUGGAAUGCAGAGCACCUAAAGCGCUAUUACCCUUGA